AUGGUUCUCUUCAAGAGGAAACCCGUGCAGUUCCUGCCCCGGCCUAGUAUCGAGGACGAUGACACAGACUGCUGGAUCAUUCCGGAAACGCAGGAGCUGUUUCUUUCCUACGAAUCAUAUCUACAGCGCAUGGACUGGUACAAGGCUCGGAAGUUCAUAUGUGAAAUCAGUGGCCAUUCGGGUUUGUCUUUCUUCGACGCGCUGAAGAGUGAGACUGCCGGUGCCCGCGAUGUCGAGAACGCUUUUCCCGAGCCACUGAAGCAGCCCGUACUACGCAAGAUUCAAUUCUCGAUUGUCUCUCGUAUAGACAACCUCGUCGAUCAAGUCUACGACGAGUUCAAACACGACUAUUUCCCCAAAGAGCAGAUAAUUGUCACCAAGACGGGUGAGAGACAGAAUGGAACCAUCAGGGAAAAGGCUAGUUUUGCAGAGCUAAAAGAUCCUGAGACUGGGGAAGUUACAAGAGAAGCAUUCACCAGAUACCUAGUAAAGAUGGACGAAGGGGAUGAGGAAGAAAUGCUGGUCGACGACAUAGAAGUGUUGCGAGAUCGCAAAGCAUUCACUAAGCAGAUGCUCAGAUCCUUCAUCAAGAACAGCGUGACAAGAGAGGCUUGGACUGGAGCACCCUGGCUUGUCAAAGACAACAUCGCCCAGUACUACCAGAUCGACACAAACGUCCCUCAACAUCUCUUACACAGUCAUAAAAUCGCGGAGAAAAAGGAGAGAAAGAGAGCAGAACAACAAGACGGUAUGUUUGGUAUCUGGCCUUCCAACAAGCUCCCUGAACUGAAACCUGCCAUGAAAGGUGGUCGUAAGUCGUCGCAACUGAUGAUCCCAGAACAAUAUGACCAAUACCAACAAGCACAGUGGGAAGAAUGGAAUCGUCAACAACAAACUAUGCAGCAAGACCCUGCCUACGCUCAACAAUGGUAUGCUCAGCAAUCUCCGCCUGUCGCCUAUCCAAAUGGCUUUCCUCAUUCCCAUACUCACUACCCUGUCGGCGAGGGUCACCAUCUGCCAUACCAACCACCACCUCACACGAUGCCAAAGUACAUGUCGAAGCCUUCGCCCGCACCACCUCCCCCUGUAAUUAAAUAUCCUAUAGAGGACAUGGACUGUCCUCCUCAACGGGAUGGCAUGCAGAGACCUCCACUAAAAUUCGCAACCAAAUCGCAGUUACUCAACAAAGACGACAACGAGCUAGACAUUGCCGAUGAUGUUAUUCCCACCCUGCAGGAGAAAAACGUGGGCUUCUUGCUCGAGACCUGGAACACACUUAACGUAUAUUGUCAAGUUCUCCAGCUUGAUUCUUUCACCUUUGACGACUUCGCAGAAGCUAUGCAAUGGUCAUCCUCAGAAGUCGAAUGCGAACUACUUGUUGAGGUCCACUGCGCACUGUUGAAAAUGUUGGUCAAUGGCGAGAAGGAUGCCGGCGGAGCUAUCCAGAUCUCCCUCCCUGACCUUCCAGAGGUCGAAGAUUCGGAUGAGGAGGAGGAAGAAAUGGACCACACGGCGAGUCGUGUUACAACACCGGAGCCGGAGCCGGAGCCCGACGUACCAGCUCGACGUACUAGAAGUAGUUUGAGCAAGAUGGCUCUUGCGGAACAGGAAAGAGAAGACGCGAAAGCAGAGAGUGUGCAUUCGGAACAGACACCGCAUCGUGCCGCCGAGAUGUUCUCAGAGGACUACGGCUGGGUGGAUCGAUUGCGCAAACGUGACUUCCAGAAUGGUGGUUGGCAACUGAUACUUGUUGGCCUACUUCAUCAACUUGCUGGUCGGCCAAGACUAAAAGAGAUUUGUGAGAGAAUACUGACGUACAUGGCACCGCUAGACGCAGAGCCGACUAUCGACACUGUCAUCUUCCAAUAUUCAACUAUGGACAUCAACCUGCGCAUCGAAGCGUUGCAGGUACUAUCCCAAUUAUUUCUCGAAACCAAAGCGGUCAAGCGUUUCCUCGAGGAGAUGUCUGCGACAAUGACCACAUAUCGGAAGAAGAAGAUCGAGCAUCAACGAACCCGCAAAGAGGCCAUCGCUAAUCUCAAGCGCCUCAACGACGAACGACGGAUCUUAGCACCUCAGGAGAUGUCUCCAGAACCACCUGAGGAACUCGAAGAAUUGCAAGAGGUCGACAAGAGUAUAGAUGUAGACAUGGACGAGAUUGCAGAUUCUGAGGAGGAUUCUAGAGUCAUGACUACCCGGUCGUUAAGACGUGGCAUCGAUCGAGCUGCUGAACGCAAAAGAAAGAGAGACGAGGAGGUCGAGCGCAAGAGGAAGGAACAAGAAGAGAAGGCCAACAAAGGCAGCAAGGAGUAUCAAAAAGUUCUUAAAGCAAUAGAGAAAGAGAGGGACAAGAUUGCUGUCGAGGAAGAGCAGAUUGAGAUCGUGGAUGGGGACCUUCGUGAGGCAGAUGCAUACCGAACAAGAUGUCUAGGUAAGGACCGCUUCUGCAAUCGAUAUUGGUGGUUCGAGCGCAACGCGAUGCCUCAUGGUGGUCUACCUGACUCGAGCACUGCUGAUGCCCAGUACGCCAAUGGACGUCUGUGGGUGCAAGGCCCGGAUGACAUGGAGCGAGUAGGAUAUAUCGAUGUUCCAGACGAGGCACGAAACAACUAUUUCCGAUGCUUCCAAAUGACACCUGCUGAUCGAAAAGUACUGGAAGAAGGCCCGACAAAUCUGCACCGGGCUCUGCAAUGGGGUUUCUACGAUCAGGUAGAGGACAUCGACAAGCUAAUUGAAUGGCUCGAUAGCCGUGGUGUAAGAGAACUUAAGCUCAAGAAAGAACUUAUUCUCCAGCGAGAUGUCAUGGCGAAAUACAUGAGCAACCGCAUCAAAUACGUUUAUCCGGAACGAGCUAAGGAGUCGGAGAAGGACCAGUCGUCCAACAGCAACGGCACAAGCACAGGGGAACCAGAAUCGGAAGACGAAAAGAUUGUCACAGCGGCCACGCGCAUGACGACCAGGAACAAGACUCACAAUGCUGCUAUCGAGGAUCUCGAGAAGGUUCACAGAUGCUUGAGAUGGAAGAACACUACUGCGAUUGAUACUUUGGGGCAUCGUCAUUUUGACCCUCCUCCAGCCCCUGUAAGCAAAGCAAAGAAAGGUGGCGCUAAAGCCAAGGGUGUUGCUGAAGUCGUUAAUGGACGAGGAAUGAGGUCGAGUACUGGCGGAGGAAAGGCCGAAGAGUCAGCUCGAUCUGGAAAGCCUACGACCCGGCAGGGUACGAGGUACAAUUACUGA